AUGAUUUUGAAGUCCAAAUCAAAAUCCAAAAAGAAGCACGCAUCCUCAAAACCACUGGAAUCAUCUAAUAAAAUGUCCAAAAGUAGUGUUGAACACCAUGAACAUACCUCAAAUAAGGAAAAUGACCAUAUUUCCUUGCAUUCCCGCUUGACGAAUAUUGAACAUCAGAUCAUGGGCAAAGUACAUACAAGUGAUGACGGCGCCUAUGUUAUCUUAGACAACAAAAAGUAUCCUAAGUCAGAAUUAUUGAAGGCCUUUGGUGGUUUUAUGAACCCUGGUUGGGCAGUGCCUUCCGAACACAAGUUUGGUAAUCCAGCUCCUUUGGGUCUAUCUGCAUUUGCGUAUUGUACUUUUGUUGCAUCUUUGGUCAACAUGCAAACUAGACAUGUUGAAAAUGAUGCUGUUAAUGUCGGUGCUGCAAUGUUUUAUGGUGGUUUUAUCCAGUUCAUUGCCGGACUUUGGGAAAUAUCGCUUGAAAACGCUUUUGGUGGUUUGGCAUUUUGCUCUUUCGGAGGUUACUGGAUGGCAUCGGCCUCAAACCAUAUCCCCUGGUUCCAUAUUGCUAGCUCUUAUACUACAGAAGCAGAAUUCAAAUCAGGUAUGGGAUUUUUCUACCUUGGUUGGCUACUCUUUACAAUAAUCUUGCUAGCUUGUUCAAUCAAAUCUACCAUUUUAUUUUUCCUGUUGUUUGUGCUGGUCUUUAUGAGAUUGCUGUUAUUAACAUGUUGGAAGUUUGCGGACAGUCAUGCCUGUGAGUUUGCUGCUGGUGUUUUCGGUGUUUUGGCAUCUCUGUUAGCAUGGUAUCAUGCAUAUGCAGGUAUUGCAACACCUCAGAAUUCUUACUAUGUUGUUAAUCCAACACCUAUGCCUGUUAUUGGAUCAAAGAGCAAAGAUAUGUUUGAUUCUGACGACUUUGACCAAUCUUCAUCUUGA